AUGGCCUCUGAAACCUCACCCGAUGUCCCCGCCGGCAAGAAGAGGUUCAUUCCUCUCGGUAAGACACGGCCAAACCCCCCUCCCCCAGGAACUGGCAAGGCUAACCCCAUUGCCAAAGAGAAUAAUCCCGAGGUCAUGUCCGCGCUCGUCCACAAACUUGGCCUGUCGCAGAAACUAGCCUUCCACGACGUAUUCAGCAUAGACGACCCCGAUCUGCUGGCCUUCGUCCCUCGCCCUGCUCACGCCUUGCUACUCGUCUUUCCCGUGAGCGAGACAUAUGAGCGCUUCCGCGUGCAGGAGGACGAAGACCGUCCAGAGUACGACGGCCAUGGGGCAGAGGAAGAGGUCGUCUGGUACAAGCAGACCAUCGGCAACGCCUGCGGCCUCAUCGGCCUCCUCCACGCUGUCUCAAACGGCACAGCACGCUCCAAUAUCGAGCCCCAUUCCAGCCUUGCAAAGCUGCUGACCGACGCCAUACCGCUCAAACCUAUGGAGCGAGCCGAUCUUCUCUACGAAUCAGAAGCGCUCGAGAGCGCCCACCAGGAUGCCGCCACGGGGGGCGAUACGUCUGCGCCGGCUGCUGAAGACCACGUCGAUUUACAUUAUGUUUGCUUUGUAAAAUCUGGCAAGAACCAUUUGUGGGAGCUCGACGGCCGCCGUAAAGGCCCCCUGAACCGCGGUGAGCUGGCUGCAGACGAGGAUGUUCUCAGCGAACGAGCCCUUGACCUUGGUGUGCGCAGCUUCCUCAAGCGUGAAUCGGAAGCAGGAGCGGGUGAUUUGCGAUUCAGUCUCAUCACCCUUGCCGAGGCGCUGGAUUAG